AUGGUCCUCGCUGUUGUCUUGAGAGCACGCGCCGCGGCGAGGCCGGUCACGCGCUCGUUCACGUCUCGCGCCGUCGAUGGGUUCGUCGGUGCGCUCGGAAACACCCCACUCAUCCGCCUCGAGAAGGUCUCGAAGGCGACUGGCUGCAACAUCCUCGCGAAGAGUGAGCUGCAAAACCCGGGAGGCAGCGUCAAGGACCGCGCAGCCCUUGGGGUCGUCCUGGACGCAGAGCAGCGGGGGGUCUUGAAGCCCGGAGGAACUGUCGUCGAGGGCACCGCAGGGAACACGGGCAUCGGUCUGGCCCAUGUCUGCCGGGCGCGAGGGUACCGCUGCGUGAUCUUCAUGCCGAACACACAGAGCCAAGAGAAGAUCGACCUCCUACGCAUGCUCGGCGCGGAGGUGCACCCCGUGCCCGCGGUCGCGUACGAGCACCCGCAGAACUACAACCACCAGGCGAAGGCGUUCGCCGCCGGCCUCGAGAACGCGGUCUGGACGGACCAGUUCGACAACACCGCGAACGCGGACGCGCACUACCGCACGACCGGGCCCGAGAUCUGGGCGCAGACCGGCGGCGCGCUCGACGCGUUCGUCUGCGCGACCGGCACCGGCGGCACGCUCGCCGGCGUCGGGCGCGCGCUCAAGGAGAGGAGCGGGGGGCGGACGCAGGUGUGGCUCGCGGACCCGCCGGGCAGCGUGCUCCACAGCUAUGUGACGAGCGGGGGGAAGCUGAAGGAGCGCAGUGGGGGGUCGAUCACCGAGGGUAUCGGCCAAGGGCGCAUCACGAACAACCUGGGCACCUUCGUCGAACAGCUCGAUGGGGCGCUGAACAUCCCGGACGAGAAGACCAUCGCGAUGAUGUAUGAUCUGUUGGAUUCUGAGGGAUUAUACGUCGGCGCGAGCACCGCACUGAACGUUGUCGCCGCCGUGGAGCUCGCACAGCACCUCGGUCCAGGCAAGACCGUGGCGACCAUCUUGUGCGAUGGCGCGUACAGGUAUCAGAGCAGGCUGUUCUCGAAGGCGUGGCUGCAGUCGAAGGGUUUGAGGGACGCCAUUCCAGAACAUUUGCAGAAGUAUGCUGUCCUAGACUGA